AUGGCUAAUUUUGAAAAUGACAAGCGACCAAUGCUGUCAGAUACAGAUGCACAAACCUACGAUGAACCCUUGGAUUCUAAGUUCCGAAGGAUGGUAACCAGGACACAAAGUGCUUUAAUUUCUAUUCCUAUGAGCUCCUUGGAAUCAUAUGAGAAAGAAACUAGCUUUGUGGGACAUACCGGUCCACUUCAGAGCAAGAGAAAAACACCCUUUAUGCAUAUGAGUGGUCCAUUAUAUGCUACCAAUGGAACAGGAAAUCUUUUGCAGAAGCAUAAUGUGUCGGGAAACGAAGCAGAGGAGAGAAAGAAAGAUAAUUUUGCUACUCUCCAUGGCACAAGUUCAAAUUACCCAAAUAUUGACUAUGAUAGAAAAAAUGAACACUUACUAAGGUCUGGGCAACUGGGAAUGUGCAAUGAUCCUUAUUGUACUACUUGCCCAACUUACUUCAAUGCUUCUGAGCAAAGAAAUCCAAAACCUUCGGCUAGAUGGGAUCCAAAGGCUGUUGAUAGCAGGCCUGUAGUCAAACAGGUCUAUGUUAGGAAGAAGAAAUUGGGCAAGGAGCUAGCAAGGACCAAACUAACAUCAAGGGAUGUGUUGUUGCGCAAUUUCCAUAAUGCUCUUUAUGGGGAUGCCAAGAGUUUUGUGAGAAAACUUCUUUCUUUCUUCUCUUCUUAUGUUCCUGGAGUUAUGAACCCUCAUGCGAAAGUUGUACAAAAGUGGAACAAAUUUUUGGCAAUAUUUUGCUUAAUUGGUAUUUUUGUGGACCCAUUGUUUUUCUUUUUACUCUAUGUGGAGGAGGAUAAUAAAUGCAUUGUUAUCAACUGGCCAUUGACAACAGCACUUGUUUUAUUUAGGUGGCUGAAUGAUUUUGUUUAUUUCCUUAACAUUCUUCUCCAGUUUAGGUUAGCUUAUGUUUCUCGUGAGUCCAGGGUGGUUGGUGCUGGAGAUUUAGUUGACCAUCCACAGAAAAUUGCUCUACAUUACCUAAAGGGUUAUUUCCUCAUUGACUUAUUUGUUGUAUUUCCUCUUCCUCAGAUAAUGUUAUUGUUUGUCCUACCAAAUUCCUUGGGAGGAGCAAAUCAGGCCAAGAAUCUCCUGCGUGCAGCGAUCUUAGUGCAAUAUUUUCCCAAGUUAUUCAGGUUUUUGCCGCUGCUAAUUGGCCAAUCUCCAACAGGAUUCAUAUUUGAGUCUGCUUGGGCAAAUUUUAUUAUAAAUCUUCUCAUUUUUAUGCUUGCUAGUCAUGUUGUUGGCUCUUGCUGGUACCUCUUUGGUCUUCAGAGGGUUAAUCAGUGUUUGCGAGAUGCUUGCCGUCAUUCUGAUAUACCUGGUUGCAUGAAGUUCAUUGAUUGUGGACGCGGCCAUCCUGACUUCACAUCAAAUCAGUGGAUCAACAAUACUGAUGCUGCUGAUUGUUUGAACACAUCUUCUAAUAGUUUCCCUUAUGGGAUUUAUGUGAAUGCUGUACCACUUACUAUAGAAACUAAUGCGGUCAAAAAGUAUGUGUAUUCUCUUUUCUGGGGAUUCCAGCAAAUCAGUACUCUGGCUGGUAAUCUAGUUCCUAGCUAUUUUGUGUGGGAAGUUCUUUUUACUAUGGCCAUCAUAGGAUCGGGACUCUUACUCUUUGCAAUUCUCAUUGGCAACAUACAGAAUUUUCUACAGGCUCUUGGACGGAGGAAGCUGGAAAUGCAACUUAGAGGCCGUGACGUUGAGCAAUGGAUGAGCCAUCGAAGAUUACCAGAAGAUCUAAGAAGGCGAGUAAGACAGGCUGAACGGUAUAGUUGGGCCGCAACAAGGGGGGUGAAUGAAGAAAUGCUUAUGGAGAAUUUGCCAGAAGAUCUGCAGAGAGACAUAAGACGCCAUCUCUUCAAUUUUGUUAAGAACAUUCGACUUUUUGCUCUGAUGGAUGAGCCUAUAUUAGAUGCCAUUUGUGAGAGACUAAGACAAAAGACAUACAUCAAAGGAAGUAAAAUUCUGAGUCAUGGUGGUCUGGUGGAAAAGAUGGUAUUCGUGGUGCGUGGCAAAUUGGAGAGCAUUGGAGAAGAUGGAACCAAAAUUCCUCUAUCUGAAGGGGAUGCUUGUGGUGAGGAACUUCUGACAUGGUAUCUUGAACAUUCUUCAGUGAGCACAGAUGGUAGAAAAGUAAGGCUUCCAGGACAGAGAUUGGUUAGCAACAGGACAGUAAGGUGCUUAACAAAUGUGGAGUCAUUUUCACUCUCUGCUUCAGACCUUGAAGAAGUCACAAUCCUUUUCACAAGAUUCUUGCGAAGUCCAUGUGUUCAAGGAGCCCUAAGGUAUGAGUCACCUUAUUGGAGAUCCCUUGCUGCGACCCGCAUUCAAGUUGCAUGGAGAUACAGGCAGAAACGUCUAUAUCGUGUUAAUUCCUCACUAUCAGAUUGA